CCAGUGUCUUCUUGGCCAGUGUUUUCUGGCCAAGUACCACAAUAGCUUGUGGUACUUGGCAGCUGUCUGGUCCUCCCUAGCAGAGAUCAGCUGACUGUGCCACGCCACACACUCCUCUCUGUUGUCAUGUGCAAAUGCAGUCUCACAGGUAUGGAUUCCUUUCGAUUUUAUGGAGUGAGGCGUGCUUUGGAGCGUGUUCUUCAUGCCCAAAAGGAAAAUGAUGAUGACAGUGCUUUUGAUGAUAAUACAGAGGAAUGUCCAGACUAUGGGAGUGAUUACAUGCCGGAUGAUGAAGAGCUGGAACGGGCACCGUUGAUUGAUGAACCUGAUGACCCUCCUGAAUCAAGACCAAGACCUUCACAGCAGAAUCAAGGUCACAAGAUGGCUUCCAGUAAAAUAAAACGUAGUGAGCACCCACUAUGGCGUCAAAUUGAAGGCCAGAACACUAGCUUAGACACACCUGAAUGGUUGGGCGAGAUUGAGCCCUCUACCACAAAGUAAUGACUAGAGAUAGAUGGGAAGAAAUCAAAGCCAACCUCCACUUCAAUGAUAACAGUGACAUGCUGCCAAGUACUUCCCCAAAGUAUGAUAAACUUUUCAAAGUGAGACCUCUGCUGGAUCAUCUUGUUACCAAGUUUCGUGAUAUUCCCAUGCCACAAAGAGUAUGUGUAGAUGAACAGAUGGUUCCAUUCAAGGGUGCAUCUUCUUUGAAGCAGUAUUUGCUCAGUAAACCACAUAAGUAUUGUUACAAAGCAGGUCCAAGAAGUAUUAUCACAAGAUAUUUUUUCAUUUUCUGGAUGUCACUGUUGUGAACUGUUGGUUACUAUACCGCAGAGAUUCUAGCGACCUAGACAUUCCUGAACGAAAAGUAAUGAUGCUUCAGGAAUUCAAAUUGUCACUGGCAGAAUCCCUGCUUCUUGAAGGGAAAAAUCCCAUGGCUAAGAAAAGAGGUCGUCCCUCCUCUAAUGGAGGAACUGCUGCACAGUUUGCAAAGAAAAAGAAAAGCUCCCCUGCCACUAAGCCCAUUCCUGCAGAAGGAGUCAGGACAGAUGGCUAUCACCAUUAUCCAGUGGUGACAACAAGAGGAAGGUGCAAGAAUCCAGACUGUAAAAGUGCCCCUGUGUUCUACUGUCAGAAGUGUAAAGUACACUUGUGUAUCACCAAAGAUAAAAAUUGCUUUGUUGAAUUCCACACAAAGUAAAUGAACAAGCAAAAAUGACAUUUAGUUCAUGGAUAUAUUUUACUAAAUGAAUAAAACAUUCAAUAUUGUUUUCAC